UUUGAUCUUUCUCUCUUCUCGGGCUCCGUUGAUAAAGUUCGUCUCCCUUCCUACGCGUCUCUGGCUUGACGGCGGCGAUUACAAGGGCUCUCGAAGUGUUUCGGCCAUGGCGUCUGAGCCACCAGCGGGUGGCAGCCCUCCUAAACCUGGGGAACGAGCAGGGAGUGCAUCUGGUCCUUCGCCUUUCAAACCUCCUACAAACAGCAGCACGGCUGAUGCCGUUGAGUCUUCUGGCACAGCCAGACCUGGUGAAAUUGUUACCACCACAAAUAGGACUGCUACAGUUGCUAAUACAAACGCUCUUGGUAGGCCUGUACCGACCAGACCGUGGGAGCAACAGAAUUAUGCGAGCACUUAUGGGGGUUAUGGUUCAAAUCUAGGUUUGAACUCAGGGUACGGUUCAGGCAUGUAUGGUUCAUCGUAUGGCGGGUAUGGAGGAUAUGGUUCAUCAUACGGGAGUGGAAUGUAUGGGGGCGGUUAUGGUGGUCUUUAUGGAAGUUCAAGCGUGUAUGGGGGAGGAAUGUAUAAUAGUGGAUUCGGUGGUUCUAUGGGUGGUUAUGGUAUGGGCAUGGGGCCUUAUGGGAGUCAAGAUCCAAACAAUCCCUUUGGUGAACCGCCCUCUCCACCGGGAUUUUGGAUAUCGUUUCUCCGAGUGAUGCAAGGCGUUGUGAACUUCUUUGGACGUGUAGCUAUGCUGAUAGACCAAAAUACACAGGCAUUCCACAUGUUUAUGUCUGCCCUUCUUCAGCUUUUUGAUCGCGGUGGUUUGCUAUAUGGAGAAUUAGCGAGAUUUGUGUUACGGAUACUUGGGGUCAAAACAAAGCCAAGAAAGAUGCACGGUCCAAAUGGAAACCAAAAUCAUCCUGAGGGCCCUAAAGCCGACGCUGCACCGAGUGGUGGAUGGGACAAUGUGUGGGGAGACAACGGCAGCAGCUAGUAUUCACUAUUCGAGAAGAAGCAUUGAAUAUAUGAAUUGAGUUUGAACAUGUAGACGCAAAAUGCAAGCAGCAGUCUCGCCGCAGGUAAGCCAGAUUGAUUGAUUGAUUGAUUGUCGCAUGUGGGAGUCUCUGUCUGAAGAGGAAGCUCUCUCUCUCUCUCUCUGUUAUCUGUGUAAAAACCCUACAGAUGAUGUUGGUCUGAUAAAUUAUGGAGAGGAGAGAUUGUUUAUAGACACUAUGGGUGUCCUGUAUUUUCUUCAAAUGCGUAAUGCAGUGGGUGGUGAAGUGAAAAACAUUAAAACUUGGUAUUACUAAUCAUGCAAUUCAAUGCUCUGAAUUUUAUUU